AUGCAAUCAGCACAAGAGUGUCGGUUGUCAAUUGCACUCGAGUCUCGAGAGCUGCUCAUCUCAACGACGACGACGACGACGCCGGCGAUGUUCAACGUGUCGGCAUUGGCGACAUCGUCGCGAUUGCCACGAUCGACGACGACAGCGGCGGCUUCUGCUGCUGCCGCUGCUGCGGUGGCCCCCGUCAGCGAUGAUUCGAACGUCGGCUCAAGCGAUGCCGCCGACGCGGCAUCGAGUGGCAUUGUUGGGCCCGCGCAGCCAGCACUUCAUAACAAACUUGAUUCCAAAUGGGACAAUUUGACAACCGACACUUCUGGAAUUCAGUGCUCACCAUGGACAGACCAUCUUCCAUUACUAGCCGGAUACUCAUCGAAUGCUCCAUUCUCAUUUGAUCAAUGCACGUAUAAUGGAUAUGAUCCUUCGGCGGCUUACUUUGCCUCAAAUGGAAUUGCAGGAUCCAUGUACUCUCUGCCGCCUAGUGAUCCAUUCCAGAGAACUGAGUCCGAUUUAAUCGACGCGUCUCAAUCGGCAAAGGACGAUAUUGAUAAGAAUGGACCAAAAGCCGACGAUGAAGAUGAUGGUGUUGACGACAUUGAAGAAGAAGUCGACGAUGAGGACGAUGGAACGGGAAAACGAAAAAAGAGGAAGCGGCGAGUGUUGUUCACCAAAGCGCAGACAUACGAGCUGGAAAGGCGAUUCAGAAUACAAAAAUAUUUGAGCGCUCCGGAGCGCGAGCAACUCGCAAUGCAGAUACGGCUGACGCCGACACAAGUGAAAAUUUGGUUUCAGAAUCAUAGGUAUAAGACGAAGAAAAGUCAUCAGGACAAACCGAUCAAUAAUUCAAUUCUCUCCAAUAUGCCAAACGCAUUUUCAUCGCAAUCUGCUUCGACGACAUUCUCCACAAGAUCAAUGCCCAUUCAAAUGCUCGUACGGGAUACCAAGUCCGAUGCUACAACGCCUUAUCAAGCUGCCGCUGCUGUGGCAUUCGGCAACGCAAAUCCGAGCUACCUUCCAACGCCGUCGUCAUAUCAUCCAUCAACGUCGGGAUAUUUCCCCAAUGGACCAUCGAAUACUUCAUACAUGACCAACACGCAAUGGUGGCCUUCUUAA